CCAAUGAGUUGGGAGCAGAAGUAAUGUGUGCAGCUUUCCCAUCACAUCCCUACUUCCUCUUUUCUCAUUCCCAUGAGCCACGAUGUGGAUGUGGUGGGAUGAUUUGACCACGGACCACGCAGAAGAGUGAAAUAUACUAGGAGAGGAUGAAGAAACAAGAUAGAAGCGGCCUGUGCUCUUGGAUCCCCUCAGGGAUCAGAGCCAUCUCCCCCCUGGACCAACUGUCAGUGUGGACCCUUAUGGAAGAGUGAGAAAUCAACGUAAAUGAUGGUGACGGUGCGCAGGCCCUGGCUCGCUAUGGCUGCGAUGCUGCUGACCCUGCUCGCCUUCCUUGGGGCGCUGGUAGAGGCCUACCCCUCCAAACCCGAGGUUCCCGGCGAGGACGCCUCCCCGGAGGAGCUGAACCGCUACUACGCCUCCCUCCGCCACUACCUCAACCUGGUCACCCGGCAGCGGUACGGGAAACGGGACAGCUCCGAAGGUCUGCUCUCGAAUCUGCGCUUCCCCGAGGGCGAGGACCGUCCCGUCAGGUCGCGGUAAAGGCGCC